GGAUUUGAUUUCUCUCAAUCGAUUUAUGACUUUUGAACAGCUGUAUACUACUGUUGCCUUUUUAAAAGGUUUUAUUCCCUUUAAAUACUAGUUUAUAAUUUCUGAUAUGUGACAACUGUCUCUGUUUCAAAUAGCGCAUAAACUUAAUGACAUAAUGACAAAGAUAUUCCGUAUGUAAUAGUAAUAUUUAGUAUUUUGAUAUCUAAUAUUGACAUUACUAAGUCUCCAAGUUUAUGUGUAAACUAACCGUUAACCCACGAAAACACAGUCAACUACUGUAAAUAAAUUAUGGCAUUUAAUGUAUUUAAAGCAAAACUUAGCUUGUCUAAUACGUGUAAUAAUAAAUAGAUAAAAUAAACAAAAGUUCUAUUUUCCUGAUUCCGUGGUCGAUAUAUAGGCACGCCUUGGUUAAUUUUAAGAAUCAGCAUGGAAUCAGCCCAGAUUAUAUUUUUACUUAUUUUAGGAUAUUUUACGAUUGAACAUGAGUGCCAAACCAGUCGCUGCAAUAAAACAAAUAUUCCUAGAAAUGGAAAGGUAAACUGUGUCGAAGAUGGGAAAGGAAAUUUGAAAUGUUACGCUACAUGUAACCGUGGAUUUACCUUUCAAACUACAUCAGUAGAGUUUCGAUCCUGUAAUCAGAUAGAUGGUUCCUGGGAAAGUGGAAAUAUAUUUCCUGAUUGUAUAGAUACCUUUCUUAUGAAACAUUGCAGGCCAGCAGCCGCGCCAGCUCAUGGAACCGUGACAUGUGCGUAUAGUGCUACAGAUUUGACUUGUACAGCAAAAUGCAACACUGGCUUCAGUUUUCUAGGUUUACCAGCAAAAAGUCAACUUUCUUUAAAAUGCACAACAUCAAAUACAUGGUCUGAUGGUGAUAGGUUUCAAGACUGCGUGGCUGGAGACAGACAAACUGGUCCCGAAACUCAUGUGAGUCCAAGACCACCAAUAUUUACAGGAAAAUGUAUUGAUCAACUAUCAGUUUGUCCAGCUGAAGGUGACUUUACAGCAUGUACCGCUUGUAAUCAAUUUGUGACAUGCGCACCAGAUGGUAUUUUCCUUACAACAUGCCCACCACCUACAGUGUGGGACGAUAACAAGAAGCAAUGUUCUAUGGUAUCAAGCACAUGUUCAUAAACAAUGAACUAUUAUUAAGGACUGAUGUCAUAAUAGAAAUUCGUUUAGAGUGGGGUGUAUCGCUCAUCUAGU